AAAUCAGCUGUUUGUGACAGCGUUUCUUCUUCCGUUUCUUUUCACUGUCAACGCCAGCAAGAUGAAAAUCGGUUUGUGUUCAUUCAGUGGGUACAAAAUCUACCCUGGCCAUGGCAAAACCAUGGUUAAGAUCGAUGGCAAGACCUUCACCUUCCUGGACAAGAAGUGCGAGCGUUCCUACCUGAUGAAACGCAAUCCACGCAAAGUCACUUGGACUGUGUUGUACCGCCGCAAGCACCGCAAGGGAAUUGAGGAGGAAGCUUCAAAGAAGCGUACGCGCCGCACACAGAAAUUCCAGCGCGCUAUUGUGGGCGCUUCGCUGGCCGAAAUCAUGGCCAAGCGUAACAUGAAGCCUGAGGUACGCAAGGCGCAACGCGACCAAGCCAUCAAGGUUGCCAAGGAACAGAAGCGUGCCGCUAAAGCCGCUAAGAAGGCAGCUGCUCCAGCACCCGCCAAGAAAUCAGCGCCCAAGCAGAAGGCAGCUAAGGUGACGCAGAAAUCCGCGCCCCGUGUUGGUGGCAAGCGAUAAACAACAACAUAUUGCCGGCUACCGGAAGUGAAGUGCGUAUAAAUUAAAGUUUAAAAAUAACAUGGCUUAAGAACACAAGUGGAAAAAAAUUAAAGAACGCUACGAAUGCAAAUUCGUGGCGGCAAAAAAAAAAAAAGAA